AUGAAGCAGACCAAGAACGAAGUCCUGAUCCAAGAUGCUGCGUCCACCCUCGUACAGCUCGCCUCGAAGCCAUCUCAAGAUGAGUCCAGCCCCAGCGACCUGCUGGAUAUCGGACAUCUCGAGAGAGAGACGGUCUCCCUGUUCGAGCAGCACGUUCUCGAGCCGUUCCUCCUUGAGUCGUGCAAGAAUGUCAACGGUACCUCUCACAUCGUCUUCGACGACGUUUUCAGCCACGUCAAGUGCAUCAAGAAGUGUGGCUCGUUCCUGUGCAAAGCAGACAACUCCCAGCUCCUGGUCGGGGUGCCCUACGGCAGGACCGCAGUAUCGCAGCUUGAGCAGGGAUGUAUGUACACCACCGUGUCCGGGGAAUACCGCUUCUACGUACACAAGAUCUCACAUCAAGGUUCUCUAGGGAUGCGGCCGACUCCCGUCGAAGAUGGCGAGUGCUUGGAUCCUCGGCGAAUCACCCUGACCCUCAGCAUAGACCACAUGGAUCAGAGUCUCAACGAGACGCGAGCAGUCGACAACUCCAAGACGAUGAGCCUCGUGCUCUUCCGAUCCAUGAAGCUGCAGAACGGAGAUAGGAAGCAGCUCCUGCAAAUCAAUGGCCCCUUGACGGGAGAGGAAGUGGAUGACUUUCUCAAGCACUUCAUGUCUGAGGUCAUGAUCACUCCCAUCGAGUGGAAGGAAGGUUCUUCCAUCUACGGCGUCACAGACUCCGUGCUGCUUCACGAGCAGGGGUGGGGGCUUGACACAAGCGUGCUCACCGAGCUGACGGACGCGAAGGUGCUCCAGAACUUUGCCAUCGUGCUCAACGUUGACAUCGAGUGCUCUUUCUCGACGCUUGACGAGGCCUGCUCAGUGUUCAGCUGUCUCCCGGCGGCAGAGCAGGCGCGAGCAAGCAGGAGGUUCUUAGACUGGAUCGUCUCGAGUACUCAAGGGGGACGUAAGCACUGGCGGCGAAAGAUUCUGGAAGACUUUGACGAAGCUGUUUUACAGCAUGAGCUUGACAUCAAGAACUCCAAGUUUCGCAGCACCAUCCUCAAAGGCCUCGGUAAGCGCCAGACGGUAACUCUACACAGGACGGGGAUCUUGCAGAUGCAGAUGGUGAGGAGGCCGCGGGAGCUGCGGGUAGCAGUGGCGCGGAAGCUGGUCGAGCUCCAUCGGGCUGCGAUGAGCAACGGAUGUGGUCAGCCCUUGUUCGUGCCGCUCGCUUUGAGGCACAACCGAUGCCUCAAGCGACGGAUCUUGAGCAGCCCUGCGGCAGAUCCAAGGGCGUCAGUCAAGGCCGAGAAACGACAGCAAUGUCAAGCGGGCAGCGCUUUCAAGCUUCAGAACCUCGGACAAGCGUCGUCGGGGCUUCCGAUAUCAGCUCUGGUCUCUUCGGAGCCUUCAACUGAAGAGACUCGGAGCGCCAAACGCAUGAAGUUCAGCUCUCAACCGCUCAACACCAGCAUGCUGCAUGCAUGCCUCCUGCCGAAAGUAUCGCAAGACCUGCAGGCAGCAGCAAGCUUGUGCAGCCCCAUCACAGUUCCUCUCAUGCUGCCGGGUUGGAUCGAGCUCGUGCCGCGGCAGAUGCUUCCCGUCUAUACUUGGCAGCCGAGUCCAGCAGAGCUGGCAGAGUUGCUGGCUCAGGCUCAGAACGAUCUGUUGCGGGCCUCAACGAUGGACGGUUCUAAGCCUCCUGGCAACUGA